UGUCUAAACGGCCGUAGCCAAACGAGAACAAAAAGAAAAAAGAACAGGGCGAGAGAGCAAGGACACACUAUAAGAGAAGCUAAAGCAAGGAGAUAGUUUUGACGUAUUUGUUUCUUCAAUUCUUUCUGUAAGAUCUCGAUCCUCUAAAUCCAAAGUUCAGGCUCAACGUUCAUCAAAGGCCUCAAUUUUGGUUCUUUGUCAUCCCGACAAGAAAAAACUUUCAAUCAUCUUAGAGGAAGCAUAAGCAGUACAGGUUUCUUGCUUGCUGGGUUUCCAACUUUCCAUUCCAUGUGCAGAGCUCACGUGUAUAUUUAAGACAUGUCAGGUCUUUGAACUGGAUGCUGGAGAGAGUUGUUUAGAAGGAUUCACAAGAUACCUACCUUAUUUUCCACUGACUGGUCCCUGCCUUCCUCUGUUACAGUACAGAGCGACAUCGACCAAUACUAGGUGUUUCCAAAGUUCAUAACCUAUCAACAAUGCUGCCUCAGAAACAAGCCGAAGAAUCCAUGAUGUCAAGCCUUAAUCAGACGAUUGAGCAUGAAGAAGGAGAGGGAGAGAAGGAGGACAGUUCAUCUUUCAGCCUCAAAAGUCUUCUCUGGCACGGCGGGUCAGUCUACGAUGCUUGGUUCAGCUGUGCGUCAAAUCAGGUUGCCCAGGUUCUGUUAACUCUGCCAUAUUCUUUCUCUCAACUUGGAAUGCUUUCAGGCAUCAUAUUUCAAGUCUUCUAUGGCCUUCUUGGUAGCUGGACUGCUUAUAUAAUCAGCAUUCUGUACAUCGAGUACAGAAGCCGAAAAGAGAAAGAGAACGUCAGCUUCAAAAACCAUGUCAUUCAGUGGUUCGAAGUGUUGGAUGGUUUACUGGGUCCAUACUGGAAAGCAAUAGGAUUGGCCUUCAACUGUACUUUUCUCCUGUUUGGAUCUGUCAUCCAGCUUAUAGCUUGUGCAAGUAACAUAUACUACAUAAAUGACAAAUUGGACAAGAGGACAUGGACUUACAUUUUCGGAGCAUGCUGUGCCACGACGGUGUUCAUACCCUCAUUCCACAAUUACAGGAUUUGGUCCUUCCUUGGGCUGGGCAUGACCACCUACACCGCUUGGUAUCUGACCAUCGCGGCCCUUGUUCAUGGCCAGGUUGAAAAUGUGACGCACUCCGGCCCCACCAAGUUGGUUUUGUAUUUUACAGGCGCCACCAACAUUCUCUAUACUUUCGGCGGCCACGCCGUUACAGUGGAAAUCAUGCACGCGAUGUGGAAGCCUCAGAAGUUCAAAUACGUAUAUUUGUUUGCUACUCUGUACGUGUUUACGCUGACACUACCAUCUGCAGCAGCCGUCUACUGGGCCUUCGGUGACAAACUUCUCGACCACUCCAACGCCUUCUCCCUCAUCCCUCACUCCCCUUGGCGUGACGCCGCUAUCAUUCUCAUGCUCAUUCACCAGUUCAUUACAUUCGGGUUUGCAUGCACCCCAUUGUACUUCGUGUGGGAGAAAGUGAUAGGAAUGCACGACACGAAGAGCAUUUGCGUGAGAGCCCUCGCUCGCUUGCCUGUGGUUAUACCAAUAUGGUUUCUGGCCAUUAUUUUCCCUUUCUUCGGCCCCAUAAACUCGGCGGUAGGAGCUCUUCUGGUCAGCUUCACCGUGUACAUCAUCCCUGCUCUGGCCCAUAUGCUCACUUACAGGUCCCCGUCGGCACGACAGAAUGCGGCAGAGAAGCUGCCGGCUUUCAUCCGAAGCUGGACUGCGAUGUAUGUGGUGAAUGCAUUUGUGGUGGUGUGGGUGCUGGUGGUUGGCUUUGGGUUUGGUGGGUGGGCGAGCAUGGCCAAUUUCAUCAAGCAGGUUGACACAUUCGGUCUAUUCGCCAAGUGCUACCAGUGUCCCUCCAACCACACUUCACUUCACUGAUAUGUCGCCGUCGGGAGCUGUAUUUUUGUUUAAUCCCAGGAACCUAUAUACACACUUUACUCUCCAUUAAUUCUCAUGUUUCCUUGUACUAUUAAUUUAUGUCCAGGAUAGUCCUCUGUAAUUGCCACUUGCCUGUGAUGAAAUAAAGAUGUCUCAAAUUCCCUGCAAUGGCGCCGAUUGGGAAUAUUUCGGCAAAA